ACAAGCAGGCGAGCUCUGUUUGUUGGUGGAGCUGUUGAUGGAAGCGAACGACAUCUUGCCAACUCCGCUGCCCUAGGAGGCGAAAGGGUCCUAAGCUGCCGCGAGCCAGCCACCGCAGCACCGUAACCGAUUCUCGUCCGCAUUUCGAUAUCAGCGUGAUAGCGCGACCCAAGUGAAAUCGCAAACGGGUCGGGUUCGUAGCGCUCAAACGGCGUCCACUACUCGUCAUUUUCCGGCCUCGAUAGCAAGUUCUUAUCAUAAAACAACGCAGAACGCAGCCGACGACCGGUAGUCACUUUUGAGCUGCUCCAAGAAACGUUCCGCUGGCCGCUGCGGGAGUGCGUUCCAGAUACUGCAUAGUCCGAGCAGGAGCGCGAGUGUCCUAGUCCUGAAAGUUUUCCGCGACGCGCCUUGGCGACGCAACGUCUGCACGCUUUGUUGCAUUCGAUCGAACACAAUAGUCGCGCGCCCCUUCCGCUGGGGUGUGAUGCCGGAAACGAGUCCUCCGGAGGCUCAGCACAGUCAGGCGGAAUUCGAAGGUCAUCUGUUCGGAGUGGAGUGUUCCGAGUGAAAAUGCUUGGGCCAAGUGGCCCCUCGAGUGCGUGUGCAAGAAACUCGGCAUAGUCCCUUUCCCUGGAAAAACAAUUUUCACGCAACUGGAGCAAUGCCUGCAGCAGAGGGUCGAGGAGCAGUUGCAGGAGCGAUCUAAUUCCGGAGAAGCAGAUACGCCACAAAAUUAAAUGUACCUCAUGUUAAUGAAGCGUCGAAAAAAAGUGGAAUUUCCAGGCAUAACAACAAAAAUUAAAAGAAAAACAAUAAGAAAAUAGAAAAAAUGACACUAAAAUCUUCAGCAAGAUUGUACCUGACUAUAUUCCUCAUGACAACGUGUAUUUACAUGGUACUGUAUCAGUAUCAUAUAUCGAGAACGCAAAUACUACCCGACGCGAGUACAGAAAUUAAGCCGCCUUUGUAUAUAAUAACGCCAACAUAUAAAAGACCUGAACAAUUAGCCGAGUUAACUAGAUUAGGAUAUACGCUAAAGCAUGUCUCAAAUUUGCUCUGGUUAGUCAUAGAAGAUUCUAAGACGCCUUCAGAAUUGGUUACCAAAAGAUUACAUCAUAUAGCGGUGCCUUUUAUACAUUUAGUAGCACCCAUGCCUGAGCAGUAUAGGAAGAGUAAGGCCAUGCCUCGGGGAGUAUCGAACCGGAAUCGAGGACUGGAAUGGCUGCGGGCAAAUGCCACUGAAGGAGUAUUUUACUUUGCCGAUGAUGACAAUACCUAUGAUAUAUCAAUAUUUGAGCAGAUGCGAUAUACAAAAAAAGUGUCAAUGUGGCCUGUAGGUUUAGUCACCAGAUUAGGUGUGAGCAGCCCAAUUGUUCGCAACGGUCAAUUGGAUGGAUUUUAUGAUGGCUGGAUCGGCGGACGUAAAUAUCCCGUCGACAUGGCCGGAUUUGCCGUCAGUGUCAAAUUUCUGUUGGAACGUCCAAACGCAAAAAUGCCAUACAAAGCCGGCUACGAGGAGGAUGGCUUCCUGAAGAGUUUGAGUCCCCUCAAUAAGACGGAGAUAGAACUGCUAGCGUCCUCAUGUACAGAAGUGCUUACAUGGCAUACGCAAACCAAGAAGAAUCCUGUUGCGGCCAAAUUGAACGUGACUAAAUAUAGUGGUACAAACCUGCUGAAACUGACAGAAGCGCUGGUGGGAAAGUGAAUUAUUGUUGCAGGACAACCUUGUAUGGCAUAUUGCAUUCAAUCAAUCAAUAUAUUUUUAGGUGCUAUAUAAUGUAUAUUUUUUUAAGGACAAACACUAGUAAACAUAUAUAAAAUUUUCUUAUUGAAUUCCUUUUAGUAAGAUUCAAAUCUUGUACUUAAUGCUGUCCAUCAGCGGGUGUAGAUAGAAAUUAAACUUAUUUAAGGAAGUCGUAGGCUAGUCCUUUUCGAGUAUAACUAAACAAGUGAGAUAGACAUGAGUUUGAAAUACAAAUCCAAGUGAACAUG